GUUACCAAGAGCGAGUUAGUUCCGUGCACCGUGUGCACCGUGGCCGAGCCGCAUAACAUGCGCUACCGGCUUCGUCGCUGUAGCUGCCGGUCCUGCACUGAGGAAGCUCCCUACGCCAAGUGCCCUUGGCGGGCUAAGACGCUCCACUGUGAGAAGGUUGACCACGUCGACAUCUACGAAACAAGCAAGCAUGUCACCGCGAUGCGCACUGCCCCCGAACCACGGCUCACGUCGGAAAUGAAGGUGGUCGCGCGGGAGAUGACGGCCCAAGGACUGAAGCCGGUUCGUAUCCGGAAUGCUAUCCUGCGCAAGUUUAACCUGGCUGCUGAGGAGCUACCAGCGCUGUCCAAAAUCCAGCGCUUUUGUCAGUACUACGCGAGCACGAAGCUCGCAGCGCAAGCAGGAGCAUUUCACGGAGAUGUUCGUCGCGCUGCAGCAGAUCUACAAGCGGGUGAUUGGCAAACAACUUCUGAUCAAGAUGGUCAUGGGUGA